CGCAAAGUCAAUGGGAAGCUGGCAAGGAAGGUCACAAAUCGUUGGGGUAAAUCUUCCCCUUCCCCCAGCCUUUCUUCACUUGCAUGCACUAUGCCCUCCUUUUCCCCUUCGCUCACACACAUCCCACACCCUCUUUUCACGGCCUCACUGCACUCUCAUGCACACACCCUGCGCCCUCUUUCCACUGCCUCCUGUGAUCACAUACACAUACCCUGUGUCCUCUUUCUCUGGUCUCCCUGUGCUUGCAGACACACACCCCAUUGCCCAUUCCCACAGCAUCCUGUGAUUGCACUCACCCCACACCCUCAUUCCACAGCCUUUCUGAGCUUGUGCCACACCAAGCGCCUCCUCCCCCAACUCGUGCACCACCUGCAUUGGGCCUCCCCCGUCCCCCUGCAGCACCCCCAUGCUCCUUACCUGGGACUCCCUCCACUUUCCACUUAAUGACCCAUGUAUCUUGAAACUGCCUGGAUUGCCAUCGCUAAACAAUGCAAUCACGUGACGUUGCACUUUCCAACCACAUCGCUUAGCGAUGGCAAUCCUGGUCCCAAUUGCAGUCAUAACUCGAGGACUACCUGUACCAAGGGGAGAGACUGGACUUUCUGUCUGACUUCUAUUUGCUUAACUAGAAUUAAGGAAAGAUUACAUUUUUAGUUUAAUCAGACGGCUAUUCUUGGAUUUCAGAACAGGACUGUAUAAUCCCAAGAGCCAUUACCUGAAAUCAGAAGUGAGAGGGGAAUCUGUGGCUGAAUUCCCAGAGCCUCAGCCAGCGUGUCCCAUUGUUGGGAUGCUAUGAGUUAAUUAUUCAGCAAUAUAUGGAGUUGCAGGUUUCUUCAACCUUGCCUUAAUGCAGAUAGUAAGGCUUCUGUUUCAUUGGUAGUUCUUAUCUUUGGCACACCUGAAAAAUUAAACCCCUUGUAUGGUAUUCAGAGGCACUCAAGUGUGUUGAAUCUCAGCUUUCCUUCCUGCAGCCCUUUUGCAGGGUCAGAUCAAAGAUCUGGUUUGGCAUUGGGUUCUAUUGCUGUAGAACCUGCCUCGGGCCCUGGGUGAAUCUACUAGCUAUUAUUCCAAAACUGAGGAAGUACGAACCUCAGCCCUACCACAUGUCUUUCCCAUGCACCUUCCUUUCUCCCCUCCCGGAUUAAAAGCGUCAGGCUUAUGUUGCUGUCCACCAUGUCUCCAUCAUUUCAUCCUUUUCUCAUUCCCCACCCUGCCUUCUCCCUGCCGACUCAUGGCUCUUAGAGGUAAUGUGCCUGUUGGGUGUGUGAGUAGAGAGCCCCCUGUACUGACAGCCUGCUUAAAGUUUGUCCCCCAGAGGACAUCCGGACCCGCCGAGUCGUUGAGAAGCUGGCCAGGGUGGUGGCCGAAGGGGGCCCAGAUAUGGAGAAGGUCGCGCUGGAAGACUGCAAGGAUAACCCAGCAUUUGCGUUCCUGCAUGAUAAGAACAGCCCAGAAUUUCUCUACUACAGAAAGAAACUGGCCGAGAUGUGGAAGAAGGGCCAAGACCCAGAGGAGACCUCUUCUCAGAAAGAUUAAGCUUGUGACUGUUGGGUGUAUGAGUUGGGGGCACCGUACUGACAGCCUGCUUAAAGUUUCACCCCCAGAGGAUGAAGAGACCAAGGACUGUGCUGAGAAGCUGGCUCGGUUUGUGGCAGACGGGGGCCCAGUGGUGGAAAUGGUUGCCCUGAAAAACCAUCGAGAGAAUCACUCUUUCAGAUUUUUAUAUGAGCCCAAUAGUUCUGGAUACAAGUAUUACCGGCAGAAGCUGGAGGAGUUCCGGAAAGCAAGCAGUAAUACAGAGGGCAUGCCUCCAAUACCAGAAGCCAACCUGAAGCGCAAGGCCCCUUCUGAGGGGGGCCCUUCCUCUUCCUCCUCCUCCUCCUCCUCCUCCUCCUCCUCCUCUUCCUCCUCCUCCUCCUUCUCUUCAACAGCAGCACCCACGGUUUCUCUGCCAAAGCAGGCAGCCACAUCCACUUCGUCCACUGCAAAGAAAAAGCGGAAAAGCCGGUGGGGCCCAGAGGAGGAGAAGGUGGACUUACCUCCUCCAGAGCUCGCUCAGCAGACACAGGAACUAUCGCCAACACCGUUGUCUGUCCAGGACCUCAAGGGACUUGGCUAUGAGAAGGGGAAGCCAGUUGGAUUGGUGGGUGUGACGGAGCUGUCAGAUGCGCAGAAGAAGCAGCUGAAGGAGCAGCAAGAGAUGCAGCAAAUGUAUGACAUGAUCAUGAAGCACAAGCAGGCCAUGCAGGAGAUGCAGAUCAUGUGGGAGAAGACGAUCAAAGAGCACCAGUCCGGCUACGACAGCGAUGAGGAAAUUGACAGCGAGCUGGGCACGUGGGAGCACCAGCUGAGGCGCAUGGAGAUGGACAAGACGCGUGAAUGGGCAGAGCAGCUGACUCAGAUGGGCCGGGGAAAACACUUCAUUGGAGACUUUCUGCCACCUGAUGAGCUUGAGAAGUUCAUGGAAACCUUCAAAGCUCUGAAGGAAGGCCGUGAGCCUGAUUACUCUGAAUACAAGGAGUUUAAACUGACAGUGGAAAACAUAGGUUACCAGAUGCUGAUGAAAAUGGGCUGGAAGGAAGGUGAUGGUCUGGGAACUGAUGGUCAGGGUAUCAAAGCUCCAGUUAACAAGGGGGUGACGGCCGUGGAUGGAGCAGGAUUUGGAAUUGACCGUCCUGCUGAUUUGACUAAGGAUGAUGAUGAGUACGAGGCCUUUCGUAAGAGGAUGAUGUUGGCCUACAGAUUCCGGCCCAACCCGCUGAACAAUCCUCGGCGUCCCUAUUAUUGAUUCAGCAGUGUGUUUCUUCUCACCUCCCACCUUCUCCCUAGUCCUCCAGUGAUGGAUUGUUUACUGUGAUAAGUUUAUUUAAAAAAAUGCCCCUUUCUUUCGUUUAGAAGGACUCCGUUUCAGGUUUAGUCUUCCAUCUGUCCACCCACCCACAGAUGUUGGACUUUUUUUUGAUGUGGUUGCAGAGCUCACUCCCUCUUUUAUUAUGGUUUUUUAAUGUGGUCCUAUCAAAGAAAGAGAAGGACCAAGAUGGAACCGGUAUCUCUCUUUGGAGAGAUUGUCAGAAAUCCCUCCCAAGUCAUAACCCAACCAUUUGUGCGAAGGGGGAAUUGGCGUUAAAAUAUUUGUUAAAUAAUGAGUAAUCCUCAUUUUACUCCGUUCCAUGUUUUUUGAAGCCCUGUUUCUCUCCUUGUGAGCAUAGAAACCCUGGGUCGCUGUUCCCUGUUGAUGGUGGGCCUGCAGGGAAGGGUUGCAUGGGAUGUAGCGGGCGAGCAGAAGCACAGGCGGAAAUAAGGAAGGUAGAUCUCCCCAAGCAAUAGUAGAGGUGCUUCCCAGCUGCAAUUCAACAGAGCAAGACUUGGGUUGCAGUGAUGUGGGGAAGGGAAUGGCUUUUAAAUGGGGGGGGGGAGACAAACAAUCCCAGAGUAUUACAAUCUCUCUGAGGGUUUAACUUUUAACCUGGUUCUGAGAGAAUCUUGUGAAAACAUGCAAAGCCAGUGUGUGUCUGCCAGCCUUCUGUUUUAAAGGACAAUCAGCUCUCCUUUUUCUCACUCUUUAGUUAUUUCAAAGAGCGAGAAGACUUGAAUUGCUUCUCAGACCAAGUCAGAGGCCAAAACCAAACACCUCUUUAGCUGGAUUCUCAUUAGUAGAUUCUAACAAUCUUUCAGGUUUGACCCAAAGGAGAAAGGUUAGAGGAGGGGAAAACCAGAAAUCUCUUUCUUAUGCAAGAAAUACAUGCCCUGGCAUCAAGGCAUUGUUUUGGUUUGUAUCCUUUCUUUUCCAUGUCCUUCCAACACCAAAACAACUGUUGUUCCUUCAGAUAGGCUCUGAGACGAUGCUUAUUUUCGGUUUUGUUAAUCUUAAUGAUGUAGAGUUGAUACAUUGGGCUUUUGCCAAACAUGUUAAUAAAGCUAGAGAAAUAAUG